AUGAUGGUAUCCCUAUACUCACGCCUGGUGAGUGUGAACAAGCAUAACCUACGCACCCUGAAAUCGCAACCACUGAAUGAACUCUCUGGAGCUCUCGGCGAUCUGGGGACUUUACUACCUCUACUCAUUGCUCUCACCUUGACGAAAAGCAUAUCCUUAUCUGCCACCUUGGUGUUUUCUGGACUCGCGAACAUAGUAACAGGAGUUGCGUUUGGCAUACCAUUACCAGUGCAGCCCAUGAAAGCUAUAGCUGCCAUCGCCAUCAGUCAGUCGUACACCAUAAACGAAAACAUCUCUGCUGGCCUUUUCGUGGGAGGAGUUGUGACGUUUCUUAGUCUCACUGGCCUGCUCAAGUGGUUUGGGCGUGUGGUACCUAUCCCUGUCGUCAGAGGUAUUCAGAUGGGAGCUGGCUUCGCUCUGGUCAUCUCAGCAGGAACAAGUCUACUCAAGCCUCUUGGAUGGACAGCUCCAAAUUGGUCAGACAACUGGCUAUGGGCAAUCGCCGCGUUCGUUUUUCUCCUGUGUUCAUCGUUGAUACCUCGAGUCCCCUACGCUCUACUCGUCUUCAUCCUCGGUCUCACUCUCAGCGGCAUCUAUCUCUCAACCUCGCACUCAUCAACCCAACCCUCAGGCUUCCACGCCUGGCACCCGCACACCUACAUCCCUUCCCUUAGAGACUUCUACAAAGGCGCUUUCGAAGCCGGUCUCCCUCAACUUCCUCUCACAACUCUAAAUAGCAUUCUAGCAGUGACAUCCCUCUCCGCAUCUCUGUUUCCCUCCAGUUCACCCCCUACACCAUCAAAUACCCAAAUCGGCCUCUCAGUAGGCCUCGCAAACCUCAUCGGUUGCUGGUUCGGCGCCAUGCCAAUCUGCCACGGCUCCGGCGGCCUCGCAGCCCAACACCGUUUCGGCGCUCGCAGCGGUGCCUCCAUAAUCAUUCUCGGCCUUGUGAAACUCAUCCUCGGACUGGUCGCCGGCGAAGGCAUCAUACCGCUCCUCCAACGCUUCCCCAAGUCCCUACUCGGAAUCAUGGUUCUAGCCGCUGGUGUCGAGUUGGCUAAAGUAGGCCAAUCCCUAGAUGACGUCCAGGAUGCAUGGCAGGAAACAGAGCAAGAAAACGACGACGCUGCUGCUGCAGCAGCAACGGAUAAGAGACGUCAACUCAACGAGCAGCAGAAAAAGGAUCGGUGGGCGGUGAUGUUGGUUACAGUGGCUGGAUGUUUGGCGCUCAAAAACGAUGCCGUGGGCUUUAUUGCGGGUAUGGUGUGGCAUUGGGGGUUGAAGGCGUCGGAGGCGGUGCAGCAGAGGCAGUGGACGGGUCAGAGGAGGUUGACGAGGUUCUUUACUGCGAGCGAGUAUAGAAAUGGUGAGGAUGCGCCUUUGUUACAUGAUGAUCGUGCAGAUGAAGAGCGUGUUGCAUAUAUCACUUGA